GUCAACUACUACAGAACUCCCAACUACAAAAUAAAUGAAGCUUUUGGGGUAUUUCCAUUUGUUCCUCCCAAAUCCUCAAACCCCAACAAGAUUCUCCCAAAUUCUCCAGCUGGUUCAGUGACUCUCCUCUUCUUUUUAAUUAGCAAAACAAGUUAUGCAGAAAGAUGGCCAUGGCAAGGCUAUUGUCCUCGCACACGUCCUUGCCGCUGCCUCCGUUGGACUCAUCUCGGCCGCCAUCCAUUACCGGCGACGAAAGCCCAAAAAUGAUCUCCUAUCAAAAGAUCAAGUUAUAGUGCCACAACUACGGAGGAAUGAGUCAUCUGGCCGCGUUGGAAGGCUUGAGAGAUUCUCCGUCUAUGUUGCAAGGCAGCUAGGAUUUGAAGAUGCAAGUGAAUGUCCCCAUCUGUGCAAGUUGGCCAACCAGUACUUGAAGAAGUCCAAAGAGUGUGAAACUAGCCUCUAUGAAUAUUUUGCUGAGGAACCAAAUGCUGAGGUGCUUUAUGUGAAAUUGGUGGAGGAGUUUGACAGAUGCAUCCUUUCCUAUUUUGCAUUCCAUUGGAGCCAAGCUUCUCUCAUGAUCAGCCAGAUCUUGAGUGUUGAUUCUGAAAAGAAAAAGCUGAAGGACUUGGUGAUGACUGCCACAAGGAAACGAAGGUUUGAGAAGGUGACCAAGGACCUGAAGGUGACACAGGUGUUCUCUACACUGGUGGAGGAGAUGAAAGCGAUCGGGGGCGUCGGAUCGAACGGUGAUGCCAAAUGUACGGACGUGAUGGUGCCGGUGGCCCACAGUGAGAGGAGCCCAGUGUUGCUCUUGAUGGGUGGCGGAAUGGGAGCCGGCAAGAGCACUGUCCUCAAGGACAUUCUCAAAGGGUCAUUCUGGUCAGGGGCAGCGGCGAAUGCAGUUGUGGUAGAGGCAGAUGCCUUCAAGGAAACGGACGUUAUUUACAAAGCCCUUAACUCUAUAGGUCACCACGAGGACAUGCUUCCAACUGCCGAACUUGUGCAUCAGUGCUCCACAGACGCGGCAUCAUCCCUACUCGUAACAGCACUCAACGAAGGGCGAGACGUGAUCAUGGACGGGACCCUGUCGUGGGAGCCCUUCGUGCAGCAAACGGUAGCCAUGGCCAGAAACGUCCACAAACACCGUUAUCGAAUGGGCGUCGGCUACAAGGUUAACGACGAUGGCACCGUUACCGAGAAUUACUGGGAGCAGGUAGAAGAGGAAGAAGAAGAAGAGGCUAGGAGGAGUCCAUAUAGGAUAGAACUGGUUGGAGUUGUUUGUGAUGCUUAUAUGGCUGUUGUUAGAGGCAUAAGGAGAGCCAUAUCUACAGGAAGGGCAGUGAGGGUGAAGCCACAAUUGAAGUCCCACAAGAGAUUUGCAAGUGCGUUUCCAAGAUACUGCCAUCUUGUGGACAAUGCAAAGCUUUACUGCACCAAUGCCGUGGGCAGCCCACCAACGUUGAUAGCAUGGAAAGAUGGAGAGAACAAGCUGCUGGUGGAACCAGAUGAAAUAAAAUGCUUGACUACGGUUAGCAACUUGAACGACGAUGCAGAGUGUAUCUACGAGCUUUACACGGAUCAACCGGACCUGGUUUACCGACCCGGUUCAGUGUGGAAAGACAUUGUCUUGUUACCCUCAAGAGCAAGCCUUCAACUGGAGCUAAAGACCGCUAUCCAGAAAAUGGAAAAUAAUUCGGCGAAAUAAUAGUAUCAUUUAUACAAGAUUUUCAAAGAGAUCAACUGUUGCCAAGUACUGUGUCCUUUCUUCAUGCUUGGUGUUGGAACUGGUUUGGGUUUGGAAUUUAUGCUUUUUGGAAUCCAAAUUACUAGAUAAGUGUAAAAUCAACAAAGAUUGUCCCCUUAUAUGACAACACAAGGGUUUGCUCAAGUGAUAAAAAAGGGGCCACAAGAGCAAAGAAUUUUCAAGUAUCUUCUCAAAA